UGCAAAGAGCGAAAAAGAUGGGCAGGAGCGGGGCGUGAGAAGAUUCGUUUGCAGCGAGAUAUGCUGCAGAAAAUGAUGCGCCAUGGCCGAGAUAGUAUGGGUAUUGUAGAUGCGCGCCGGUCCUCCACAAACGCUGUUGACAACUCGAUCCCCAGUAAGGAAACAAGCGGCCGUUUGGAGCAACAAACCAGUGGCAGAGGUUUGGAGCUGGAACAAGAAGCUGGUCUAGCCUCUGUUCAACAAGACGAGGAGCAGAAAGUAGAUAGGGCUGAACUUGAGAAGGACGACUCGAAGAUUGUUUCGAAGGCAGCAGUCGUGAGUGGGGCCACACGCAAUGAUGAGCAGCACGAGGAAAAAAAGAUGAAGCGCAUUGUGACUUUACAGAGAAAGGCAACGGCAGAGGACUUCGCCAGCAGUCUUUUUAUCUGAGGAGCAUAUGGUGCGCCAGCCUGUGGGUGUGAUGCAGUACACAUGGCGCACUCACGACGCGAUGUGUCUUGGGAUCGAAGCCAUGCACUUGGAGCGCUUUUGGUGGUGCUUGGGGGACCUGAAACCUGACAGAGAUGUGGGCAUGGUUGACACUUGGUCUCUUGUCUCAGCAAUGAAGGACCGGUCUUCGUCGACCACUGAGGAGCAGCCUUCCACGCCAGUCAUGAAAGCUUUCAAGCUGUUCUUAUUCUUUCCUGUGUGGGAACAAAUUUGGAAGAACCAUCUUCGCCGAAAAAGCAGUCUCGAAGAAGUUCGAUGGAACUACCCGACUUUGGAGACGUCGGAAAUGUUGGAUCUAGUAGGAAGUCGGAAAAUUGGACCCGCUUGGCAAAUGUCGCUAUUCGUGAUGAUUAAGUUUGAAAUCCUGAUCCUCACAUGCAGCGUAGUUGUAAAAGAUUUACGGAACAAUAAGAGCACGGUUCAGUGUAAUUGUAAAAGAUUUAAGAAACAAUAAGAGCAUGGAAAUAAGAAACAAUAAUCACCUAUUUUUUCCACCUACCUGUUCACUACGAACGGAGGCGUUUUGGAAUUGACAAUAGUGUAACUAGAACUUGGUGUCCAUUUUCCGGCGGCCCCUUGCGUUUUCUGAUCAUCUGCAGAGCAGGGGACAUAUUGCAAACUGCUCCUAUCAUAAAGCGAUAGACGCCAACUAUAAUUUUCCCGAGAACUGCUUCGGAAUGGGCGCUGGGGUGAGUGUCAUUAAACAGGUGGGAGCCCCGACUUUGAUUGAUUGAAUUACGCGCCGGGCCCUUUUUCGCUUCUUAAUGAAUCAAUUAAGGACUGCUCAGGGAAUGCUUUUUCAUCGUUCAUCUUCGUAUGGUGUAUUUUUUCUUUUCGUAUUUGUAAGUGCCUCCCGCACGUUUAAUCCACGCGGAAAAUACGCAGGCAGGUCUUGACUUAUCGGGACUCGCUCGCACUACAAAAAAAGAAGCUCUACUUUAUCUUAUGAAGAAUUGAGUCGAAUAGUAGAAUGCAUAGAAAUAAAUGCCUCUACGCAAAGGACAGUAAGGCAAGUGGAGAGGGACCGCCAUUGGCCUGGCUGAGCACUUGUUGUGGGAGUUGACAUUUGUGUCGGCUUCCAUUCUGUCGCUACGGCAUAUAGUCCUAACUCAAAAAAAGCAAAACUCUACGGUGUCUCUUCCUCCAGAGCGAGAUCUGUUUGAGAGUUGAGAUAAUCACUAGUGGUCCUUAGGGAACGCCAGAGUGGUUCGCGAGCUUCCUCUGUCUUGCGCGAUGUGACUGACGUUAGAGUUAAAGAGUUUAUGCCUUUGCUUCAGUGGAUGAGUAGACUUAUGCAGCGUAAUCAAAAGGGGUAGAGCGUCCCAUCGUUCUCCCUCGCCGAUCUUUUUAUCUCCCGCCCGGUUGUGGCUAUCAGGCAUAAGGUAGCCCCUUUGGUCGGAGUUACCCCUCCACUUUUUUGCUUUUUGGUCUUUGUUUUUUUUUUAUCGAUCCUUUGUUUUUGGCGAAGUCCGACUGCAACAUCAUGUGACGGGAAAAAAAAAGAAACAGGAUAAAUCUCAUCAAUAUGACUUUUUAGUAGCUUAACCGUAGCGGCAACUACUGCCACUCCCAUUCUUUCACCAGGCCGCAUUCAUCACGGUUUUAGCUCCGCGCUGUAGAUGACUGGUGAGGCAUGUGACUUCACCGGUCGAGAUCUCGCAAACAUUAUUUAACUCCGAUCUCUGCGCUUAGGCUUAGCACAGGCUUGUUUUACUGAUUUCGUGUUUGUUAGUUAGUUAAUUUUUUAACCCUCAAUGCAUGUUUUAGGAGGUUCAUCAUUAUAUCAAACAUCAGUGUUGCGGCGUGUCAUACCCCUGCAGGUGUGCUGACUUGCUCAUGGGGCCCCGCUGCGUCGGGUUGCGCCUUAGGUUUUCUACAG